CUUGUUGCUCUCCACAGUCCACAUUAAUUUGAGCAGCUAGCUAGCGAGCGCACUGUGAGACGAGGGAAAAAUGUACGUGACGAGGCGGCUGUCGGUGUACCUGGCCGACCCCUCGGCCACCGCGGAACCGCCGCCCGAAGGCCCGGGCUCAGGGUUCCUGGUCGUGGUGGAUGAGACUGGGGAAACAGCCAGAACACGGUGCUGGGGCAUGUGCGUGGACAGGGAGAUGCGCGGCCUUCCCUUCCCGCAGAACCGGCAGCUGGCGCUGCGGGAGAGCAGCAGCUCUAGCCCUCUGGAGUCAUGCGCAACCUUUAUUGAUUUCGUCGGGGAGAUAGUAGGUACCUGCACCGGCAUCCAGUCCGGCCGCGCGCCCGGCAGCAAGGCGCCCAAGGUCCCCGACUAUGCCAUGUUGCUGCCCGUCGUCGGCCAGCCGCUGUCGUCCGGCCGCUACUACGUCGUCCAGGUCGGCGGCAAACACAGGGGGAAGGUGUCGGCGUGUUCCAAGGAGGACGACAAGACGACCUGCUGCUUCGGCUGCUCCUGCGUCAACGACGUGAAGCCGAGGCCCUUGGACCGCCGCGACCUCUACCAACAGGUGGAGGUCCAGCGUCUUCCGUCCUCGUCGGGCUUCAUGGCGGUGGCGGUCGCCGCGGACGGCAUCCCGCCGCACCACCUGAGGAAGAAGGGCUGGAAGGUGAACACCAUGAUGUCGCCCAGGUACGACCUCACCGACGCGCUAGGCGUGGACUCCGCUCUGCGCCGCCGGAUGCCAGACCUCGACGACAGCCUCAGCGUCGUCGUGGGCAGAUGGUACGUCCCGUUCAUGUUCGUCAAGGCCGACGGGGAGCGCAGCCUCAAGGAGCAGUCGCGCCGGUGCACGUUCUACGAGAUGACCAUGGAGCAGAGCUGGGAGCAGAUAUACUGCCGCGACGACCCGGCGGCGGAGGUCGCCGUGACCGCCACGGUGCGCCGGUCGACGGCGCUGCUGGGUGGCACCGGCGUGCAGGUGCAAGAGGGCUGGCCCCACGCGGACGACGACGGCGGGACGGUGUGGUUCCGACCGGCCGCAGCGGCGGCGGCGGCCACCGUGGGGCUGGACGUGGUGCUGUGGGAGAGGAUGAGGUGGGAGGCUGACAAGGGGGGCUGGGUCGCGCCGGCCGGCAAUGGCGACGAGGAGAGGAUAGAGAGGGUGGAGAGGCAUGACGACGUCGCCCAGCUGGUGGGGCACGGGCACAAGUUUCGAUGCUAUUUGCUGGUGGAGAGGUUUCUGCUCAAGAGGAUGGAUGGCAGCCUCGCACUCACCUGCGAGUUCAGGCAUACUGACAAGAUUAAAGCCAAGUGGCUUUAAUUAACUAACAAAGUCGGCUAUGGCCAUGUUUCUUUUAGCUUCUGCCUGAGGUUUUGAUGUUUCUAGCAAUUUUAAAAACAUUUUUCUCGUUUACACAUAAAUCUGAGAAGCACCUCAGCUCAUCAAAAGCACGUUCGGAGAUGCUUCUCAGCUUUAUGCGUAAACAGGAGAAGUGAUUUUGAAAUUGCUAAAAACACCAAAAACUGAAGCAGAAGUCCAAACAAACGGGACCUAUAAGUCCUAUGGAGUAUGACCUCCUUUCCUUUUCCGCUGCUACUCAGUUACGUAAGUUUGGUACUGUAAGAACUAUCUCUAUGAAAACCCUUAAACUUGUGUUACCCAUGUAUUGUGGUUCUUGAUGUGAUUCCAAUGGUAUAUGUAUACAUAUUUGAGAGCGGAUUUUUGCAAA